GCUCCUUUAGAAAUAGAAGCACGUGGAGAAAAAGCACAGCUCGCUUAUCAAAGUGCUCUUAAAGAUGGAGCUGUUAACGUUUACCGUGGUCGAGUAUUGCUUAUUGGACAGGAUCGAGCCGGAAAAACAAGUUUGAAGAAGUCUCUCAUUGGUCUACCAUUUAAUUCAAAAGAAAAAAGCACGGAUGGAAUUGAAGUGGAUCCUUCAAAAUUUCAGUUGGACGUUGGUGAAGUCAGGAAUUGGCAACCUAUUGAUGAGAGAAAACAAGGAUUGUUGGGAUGUUCGAGAGAUGUGGCACAGAUGGUGGUGGAAAAGAUGUAUGAUAUUCCAGUUAGCCGUGCCUGGGUUCAGGAAGAGGAAAGAGGUGAAGCCAUUCUUCAAAGUGAUGAUAACAAGAAUAGGAAACAGAUUGAUACUUAUGGAGAAAAGGAGGAAGUUUCUCUUGUGAACCAGGUUUGUCUUUGUUGGUUUUGAAGUGUGAUGUUUUUUCGCGAAUCCAUCGUAACUGCAAACAGUAGUUAUUAUAAAUUGAUUAUCGCCUUCUUCAUGGGUUAGGUUAUAGUGACUUCCCUGCCCUUUGCCACGGUCUCUGUAUGGAAAAUAUGUAGCAACUGCCAGAUCGUUUUCUAGCUCGUUUUCCAAUGCUGGUUAAAAAUUUAAACCGGGGCUUUUAUACUUGUAAGUUUAGUUCCGAGAGUAGAAUGAUACUACUAUCAACCAUUUAGUUAUAUUUCCAUGAUUGUACCCAUCUACACGUAAGCUUAGCCUUUGGGUUAGUAGUGCGUGUGCAAACCAAAAUGAGUUUAGCCAUAUCUUUAUUUAUACUUUUAAGUGUUAAUUAGGCCUUGAGCAUAGCUUUCCCUUAUUUUGUUGUUGGUUUUAAUCACAAUUUCGCGAAUCUUUUUUUUUCAGGCCUCUUUACGCAACUGCAUAAAUUGCGUUCACUGCGACGAUCAUUUCUUCAUUUUCAUUUUAAUUUCGCUAUUGUUUUCUUUUUUUAUGAGAGAAGCAAAGUCAAGGGGCCGGGAGGACUCAAUCAAACACCAUUUUCUUAUAUGUUCUUAAACUCACUGUUCCUCAAAAGAUGCAAGAGCGUAUUAAUGUUUUGGAUGCCUCAUGCCUCCAAUAUUCGUGCCUCAAUGUUUGAGCUUAUUAAGCAUUUUCUGUCAUCAAAAACAACUUUAAAUGGCUGAAUAAUCAAAUCGGAGGGUGAAGAGGAAUAAUUAGGUGUUCAUUAUGCCAUUAUACCAGCUCGAAAAUUUUCCUUGUUCCAUUAUUCCAGAAAAAAAAAGAACAAAUUAUUCCGUAGAAAACAUCUGGUUAUUCCAUUAUUCCGCGCCACAAAAUGGCAUUAUUCCAUUCUUACAACAAAAAAAUGCCGUUAUUCUUACGCCAUUAUUCCUCUUCACCCCCAAAAGUCGAAGCAACCGUGUUAAGUCUUUCAGAAUCAGAAUCAACAGUUAUUUUUUUCAUACUCUGCUACAGGUUGGUGAUCCAAACGAAGACAGUGUUAGUGAACCCACAUUAACAGGACCUGAUCAUGAGUUAGUGGUUGAUACUACUUCACCUCCAGAGGAGGUCAAGGAACGAGCUGAAAAUUUGAUAAAGUACAUGAAAGGUGAUGAUGUUAAGCCUGAAGAAUCUGUUGUCAGUAUUGAACUGUGGGAUUUUGCUGGACAACACCUGUAUUAUGCAUCCCAUCCUGUAUUUUUAUCAUCACGUGCGCUGUACAUCUUAGUGUGUAACCUCAGCAAGUCACUGUAUGACACAGCCAAGCCCUGUGUGAGGCAAGGGUCUUGUGAUGUUGAUUUGGAAAACCCAAAUGGAGAAACAAAUCUUGAGAACUUGUUGUCUUGGCUGUCCACAGUGCAUAGCGUCGCGCAAAUGAGAAGAAAAACCUGUGAUGACGUAGAAAAAGAGGUGUCUCAUUUGCGCCCCCCAGUGAUCAUUGUAGGAACCCAUGCAGACAAACCAUUUGAAGACAUUGCAACAAUGAAAAAAGAAAUCCAGAACGCAAUUGCUGGUAAGGACUAUGAAGGGCAUGUCGUGCGGCCUAUCUUCAGCAUUGACAACACUGCAAAAUUAACUCAAAGAUGGAUCAAGACAAUGGUUUUCGGGAAAGAUGAAAACAUUGAUGAGAUCCAAGCUUUGCAAAUCAAAAUUAUGGAAGUGCUAAGACAGGAGCCUUACAUUGGGGAAAGGAGACCUGUGAGGUAA